AUGGCUCAUUCUCUGAACAAUAAGUCAGCUCAGUUUACUGACUUUAUAUGUGAGCACACACCUGACCUUGUCGUGGUCACUGAGACAUGGAUUACGGAUAAAGAAUCUGCUGUUAAGACCCUAUCUACUCCAUCAACCUAUAAGUUUUUUGACGAACCUCGCCUCAACCGCCGAGGAAGUGGUAUUGGAUUAUUAUUUAAAGAAAAUAUUCUGGUUACCAAAAUUGCCGGUGGUGAACGACAAUCGUCAUUAUCAUUUAUAGACCACCUUACUCUGAAACCCAUCCUGUUACCACUUCUAUGUUUUAUUCAGAGUUUUCUGAAUACUUGGUGUCAGUUGUUUUAAACACUGACCCCGUCUUAAUUGUUGGCGACUUCAACAUUCAUGUCGACUGUCAUGAUAACACUGAUGCUGUUAAAUUACUUGAGCUAUUUGAAAGUGUCGGACUUGGUCAACAUGUACACACUCCUACUCAUUGUAGUGGGCAUACCCUUGAUCUUAUUGUCACCCGACAAACUGAUCAGAUCAUCGCUUCAUCUCCUAGAGCUGACUGUUUGUUUUCUGAUCACAUUGCAGUAUUCUGUCAAUUACAACUGGACAGAGUUCCUCGAAUUAACUCAAAAGUUUCGUAUCGCAAUCUCGCGGCCAUAAAUCUGGAUGCCUUGCGGAAGGAUUUGUCUAACUCUAUCCUCUGCGAAAACAUGGAAUCAUUUGAUCUAAAUGAGCUUGUAUAA